AUGGCCGAUGCAGGGGUUUGGGAAGAUUGGAUGGCGAUGAGUGACACGAUCUCAACGGGUGAUGAUCAAGAUCGGGCGGGAACAUCGAGCAGCGCCAGCGAGGAUGAUGGAGAGGAUGAGGGGGACGAGGAUCGCAUGAGGUGCUUGUACCGACUUGGCGAACCAGAGCAAUGCAAUCAGCGUCGCCUUUUUGGGCACAGCUACUGCAGCUCGCACAUUAUCCAGGAUAGACGGGCCCUUUAUGGAAAAUGCCUAUACCAAAGGCGAUCGACUCGCCAAUGUCAGCGCGCGGUUAGGCAGGGGAAGGAGUAUUGCGCGUCGCAUCAGAAUGCGUUCAAGAACGGACGAAUACAGCCGGAGGUUUCUACUGCGAGCGAUGCGGAUGAUGAGCUAGAAUUUAGUGAGUUGGAAAUUGAUGGCGAGGAGCAGCCGCGAGUGCGACGGCGGGUUCUACCGGCGCCGAUUCCUUCAUUGGAAGAGUACCGCCGUGAGGAUGCCAGAAUUCUCGAUUCUUUGAAUUGGGGCCCGGUUGCCUACUAUGCAAAUGGAAUCGGAUAUGACGCGAAUGAUCGGAUCGCGUGGUCGACGGUUAAGUAUCCGUACCGCUUCAAGCCGUAUCGUGACGGUAACGUCUCCGCGGAAGACGAUGAGGUGUCGGAUUUGAUGGAAGUUGAAGAACCGUCUCUGAGCGAGGAUGAGCUACGACAGGAAAUGGAGGAUAUACAGCUCGAUGAUAAUAAGGCGCAAGCAUUGAAGGUUGAAGAACAUGCUUGGCAGGAGUUCGUUUCGCUGCACCAUCCGAAUGAGAUGCUCACGAUGCCGAUUCGCGUCGUCGGAGCCGAGAAUCUCGAUCCGGAAUUUCCCGUCGAGUUUCUGGAAGCUAUGGAAGGUGUCGACGAUGCGGAUGAUGACGAUUCGCCGGCGGUUCUGCGUCCAAUUCUGUCACCGAUUCCGCCGAAUCGCGAUCAGCGCACUCUGGCGGACAAGCUGAACAAUGAGGCGGAGAGCUUCGACAUCGGGGAGGUGUUGUACUUCUCGCAAGUCGAGCUUCACGAUGUUCGGAUUCUCGAGAUGAAUGGAUUCGAUCAAUUGCUGUUGCUGGCUGAAGAGGAGAUGGCAAGGAAGGCAGAUCGCAAUAAGCCGCUUUGCGAGAUUCAGUCGACAAUGGAAGAUGGAGGCGGUCUGGCACGCGCUGCAUAUGAGUUUCGUGUUCGGCAACAGCACGAUCCGGUUCAUGUGCCGCCGGCGGAUCGUCGACGGACUAGAGAGAUCGUUGAGAUCUUGAAUCAAGGCUAUGCGGAUUGGGCGAAACAGCCCGACUAUGUUGUGCUGAAGCCGAGAAAACGCAUCGAACAAUAUGUGAAUGCGGCGCCGAUUAUGGAUAGCGACAAGGAUCAGGUGGAGCUAGGAUUACAUAGAUUGCUCAACAAGAAGCUAAGCUAUGUUGUUGGGAAACUGUGGUCGCAGGCGAUCUACUUGACGAUUGAGACAAUUCAUUUCUGGCGUGGAUGCAUGCUUCGAGCGCUGUGUCGUGUCGCCAACGAUGAAUACGAAUUCGAGCUACCAUUCAAGAAGAUCUACACGCCGGAGGAAGUUAAAGAGCAGCUUCGACCGCAUCCGAUUCAUAUGGUCUUGCUUCUAUACAUGGCUGAGUUGGACGAUGAUUACCCGAUCGAGUAUGUCUACAGUCCGAAGUUGAUGGUCAAGGAGGAUCUUGAUGCUGGAAGGAAGGCUCGCGAAGAUGAGCGUCGAAAGGAGAUGAUGGAAAGAUUGCGGAAUCAAAAUCCAGAUCGGGUUUAUGAUAGUGAUGAAGAGACGGAUGUGUCGGAUGACGAAGGCGUCAUGGAGAAUCGGGAGGAGCAAGCCGAAAAGUGUGGCCGACUCGAGUAUUACAAGAAUCUUCGCGAAGACGGGCCGACGGAAGUUGUCGAUGAGGCCGGCAAUAUGAAGUACAAGUAUAUUGUGAGGCGAUGCGUCAAGAAUUAUAUGAAUGAGGAGGGCGUCGUAGUCAGAUGUGAGAAUACGGCGCUGACGCACGCCGAGUUUUGCCCGACACAUAUAAUGGAUAAUCGCGAUCAGAAAUUUUUCGCGUAUUGUCUUUUUAAUGAUUGUGGGAAUCCGGUGAACAUGAUCGAUGAUAUUGUUUGGAAGGGCAAAUGCAAACUGCAUCGCGAGAUCGUUAUGGAGAUCAGUGAUAGUGACGUGGAGACGUCUUCUGAUGAAUCGGACAUUGAGGUGUUCGAAGACCCGGAUGACAUGGAGUUAUCCUAUGAUGAGAGCGAGGAGCUCACGCUUCAUGAGAGGAACAGUGAGCCCGAUUUGGAAUAUAGCAUCGUUCGGCCACCGAUUGUGCCGAACCCGCAGGUGUUCACCCAUUUGCCGCCGCUGGAGGUCCCGCGACCGACGAACAUCACCGAGCCGCCGAUCAUGAAUCAGAUGAUCAGCGAUAUACUUGAUCGCGGCGAGUUCACCAUCAUAGUCAAUGAGGACGAUUUGCGGCGGAACCAUGAGAUCCCGCUGUCGUUCGUCAACAUCCUUGUCGAUGUCGCUGAUUAUAGACCGCCAGCUCCACUAGCGAGGCAAACAAUCAGAUCGACACCUGAAGACGUGGAGCCGGACGUCGAGGAGAACGCGUUGACGGAGUAUGAAGACACCGAUGGAGAGAUUUCUGACGAUGAACUGUUCGCGCAGCUCAUCAGACAAUUGGAGCGAGAAGAAGCAGGCGAUGAGGUUUUCGAUGAAUCGUUCUUCGAUCAGCCGGGACCAUCAGAAUAG